AUGUCUGAUGAUGAAGCGGACCCUGGGCUCCUCGAACUGCUCCGCCAGCACCUGCAAGGCAAACCGCUCGUAAAAGAAGAGGCGGACACAGGUGUUCUAGACGGGGCCGAGUAUGUCUACAACCAAGGCAUCGAUGUGGCCAUUGAUAUGCGGGCUACCAAGGCCGCUGCCCAGACGAUAUACGCCCAGAUGCAGAAGAAGCACUACUCAACGGCCACUUGGUCAGAGCACGAGCUUCAUCCCAAGGCGAAAGACGAGACCUCGGUAGCCUUCAUCUUCACCAUGGAUCUGCUGAAUUUUUCCUUCUGGUCUGAGUUGCCGGACGAUGAGAGGUUUGCUAUCGAGUAUAACGGGAGGAGGUGGACUGGGUAUUGGAGUCUUGUCGCAGCUCUCCACAGGGCUUUGGAAGAAGGCGAGUUGCCAAUAUCACAUUUCCAAGGCCCAAAAACAUCGUCCACAGAAGAGGAGAUGCCGUUAUUGCAAGAACGACUAGACUGUCUCAGAGAAAGCGGCAGAGUAUUAUAUGAGCGAUACAACUGCUCCUUCGCAAAUGUCAUCUCCGCAGCCAACGGCUCAGCGGCCGAACUUGUCAACCUCUUAGCCCGAGACUUUUCAUGUUUCCGUGACGAGCACUACUUCGAAGGCAGAAGCAAACCUGUGAGGUUCUUGAAGCGGGCUCAGAUCCUAGUCGCAGACAUAUGGGCCUGCUUUGAGGGCCAGUCGUACGGCACGUUUCGAGACAUUGAAAAGAUCACCAUGUUUGCGGACUACCGCAUCCCCCAGAUUCUGAUUACUCUAGGCGCAUUGUACUGCAGUCCGCCAGUUGCGGCGGCCAUCAAGGACAGGAAGAUGUUCGAAAGUGGAGAUCACUGGGAGGUUCAGUUGAGAGCUUGCAGUAUAUGGUGUGUUGAGUUAAUACGGCGUGAAAUCGUCCGAGCACAUCCGGACACACACGUCAAUGCUAUUUUGAUCGAUUUCUUCCUUUACGACCGCAUGAAAGAAUUAGAAGCCGCGGGCAAAGAACCGUUUCCUCACCAUAGAACAAGAAGCAUAUGGUAUUAG